UGGAGUGACAAAAUAACAGUGACAGUGUAAGAUUUAUGUGAAUGCUGUGGUUGGGAACUAGUCUCACAUUCUUAAGGUGUUUGGUUUUUGUUUUGGAAGUUGUGGUGACGUCCUCCCCAUUUCCCUCUUCCUGGUUCUUCUGGUCUUGAGAUGCCAGGCUUGCUCAUUUCUCCCUUUUAUUCCUCUCCCAAGAUCCAGGCUCCAGCCUGGGCUACUUGCUCUUUUCCAGUUCGAUUUCCUCAUCCUAGACCCACUCUCCUCCCUAUCCCUCCUCCCUCUUUCUGCUGCCAUAGUAACAAGAGAUUCAGGCUAUAAAGGGGGCCUCAGGGAAGAGCAAAGGUCUCUUGCAGAACCUGGGCCUCCAACUUCCCCGCCCUGGCUUUGGGACCGGGCCAGCAGAUGUGUACAGUCUGGGAGAGGGGGAAAGCCAAUGCCAGGAGCUGUAGGAGCAAGCCAAGGGGAGGGCGGAUGCGAGCCUCGAGCGGAGAGCCAAGCAUGGGGGCGAGGGAGGGGGGACCCCUUCCUCCUAAUCCUCUCUCCAGGAAUCCCUGGCUUGGGGACAGGACGGCUGUCGUUGGGCUGGGGGAGGCGCCCAGGCGGGUGCAUGUCCUGGGAUACUUGCCAAAAGUACACGAUGUUCCCAAGUGCACUGGCCGCCGCCCUCUCGGGCUGGCCGCCUCCCAAACCACUGCCUCUCCAGCCUCCCUGCCCCACAUUCCCCGGCUGCCUCGCCCCGCCCCCUUCCUCCGCCUUGACGUCACCGCCGCCUCCCGCCCCCUCUCCUCCAUUGACGGCAGCGGGGCCUGGUUACUGUGGGGACCGUGAGGCAGGAUUCUGGUUAGGGCCUUGAGAGCAGGUGGGGGCUGCUGGAGCGCGACCUUUUUGUCUACGAAAAAGAAAAACAUGGAGGUGGACAGCAAGGACCGCCUGUGUCGGGGCAGAUCACACUAGAGCCCUGAGGAGUGCCGGAGAAGAGGAAAAGCGGUUUCCAGAGAGGAGGUGUCUGAAAAGGAGAGAAGGGUCUGGACCACAGUAUAUGAGUUGGGGGGCCAUUUUCAAGGAGAGAAUACUGAGAAUCCAGGUUCCGGAAUCCUCUAUUUCCAGUGACUUCUUGCUUUGUUUUUUUUCUGGGUUAUUCUGUAACCUUCCUGCGUCUAGCUUUUCCACAGACCCUUGCUCUGCCACCCCCACCCGUCAUGGGGAACACCACUGUUAAGGAGAGCUUAGGCCACGUGACAGUGAGGGGUGUGCACCCACAGCUGAUUGCGUCAGCAUCAACCUCUUCACUUGCCACCCACGUUUCCAGGGAGCCCUACAGGAACUACACCUCAGUCUUGAUUGGAGGGGGUCUGUGUAACUGCAGCUCUUUGCAGCUCAAACUGGCACUUUAUUCCCCCAAAUUAGGAUUCAGGGUUCUGCUCCUUGCCUCUUAAAAAUAAAUUAUAAUUUCCAGCCCCUGCUCUAUUGCUGACGUCCCUCCUCCUCCCCUAGCUAUAUUUACAACAAAGUCAUCAUGUUUAUUAUCACCCUACUGUGUAUUAGGUUCUCUUCUGGGGGCUGCGAAAUACAGUUAAGGAGAUAGAUGAGAUGCUUGGCUUUGUCUUCUCCUAGUGGUGGGGACUUGAAGGCCUUGCCACCCAACAUUUUCUGUGUAUAAGAUCUCUUCUCUCAGCCACCCCCUUUGUUGCCCUGUAGCCCUGGCUUCCUGGCCCUCAGUUAGGGGCCAGCCCUAACUGUGGGUGGCUGCAUCCUCAGGAGAGAAGCACUAGUCACCACGUAGGUUGCUCAGAGUGGCAUGGAAGCACCUGCCAUUGUUUCCCUUCACAGCCUCUGUUGGGUUCGAUCUGCUGCUUCCAUUGUUUGGCAUCUGUCAUCCCACUUCACUCCUUCCUCAAAUUGCCCUCCUCCUAGCUGUCCACAGGAUUUGAAGUAUCAGAGGAAGGGAUUGGAUAUGGCUUUAUGAUGACGACAAGGCUGGCGAGGGGAACCUAGGAAAGGCCAAGCUGGGUUUCUGUCUGUCCCUCUCCUCCCAAGGACCAGUCAUCUCAUCCAGCUUGGCCCACCUCCUAAGGUCUGCAUACUUUCUGCCCACCGUCUGGCGAGGCCAGGGUGUCCUGUUGUGCAGGGCAGGUCAGUUCAGGGAGUAGGCCUCUCUUAAAUACCUACUGUGGCCCAGGUAUUUUCCCCGAAUAGGGGCAGCUUACUUCCCCUCCCCUCCCUUCCAUUAUUUACUGUGCAAGGCGUCCUGCGCCCAUUGGCUGGGUUGUGGUGUCUGGGGCCCUUCAGCCCAGUGCCAGCACCCAGAUCCACGUGCGCCCGCGUGUGUGACACAGCCCUGACCUCAGUGGGGGCCAGUAGCCAAUCAGGCGCCGGGAAGAGAUCCCCAGCCAAUUGGGGGCGGGGCCUGCGGCUCCACCGGCAGGAGGCCAAUGAGGGGCAGUGCCUGGCGUUAUGCAACCCGCCUCCUGGCCCCGCUGAGCUUCCACUCCGCUGCGGGUUGCAACGGCGGCAGGCAGGCGGCCGGAGGGCGCUCGCGCGGCCAGGUGCUGACUGUGGUCAAACUUCUCAGCCCUCUGAAGCUUGGGUCUCCCACCUCCCUCCUCUAGCCAGGCCUUCUGGCCCCCUUGAGCAUCUGUGGUGGCCUCUCCACCUACCCCGUUCUCCUGCCCUUCCCAUGGCCCAGACAUGAGCAGGAGCGGCCCCCUAGAAGGGGCUGAUGGGGGAGGGGACCCCAGGCCAGGGGAACCCUUUUGUCCUGGAGGGGGUCCAUCCCCUGGGCCUCCAGAGCACCGACCUUGUCCUGGCCCCAGCUUGGCUGAUGACACGGAUGCCAACAGCAAUGGCUCUAGCGGCAAUGAGUCAAAUGGACCCGAGUCCAGGGGUGCAUCUCAGCGGAGUUCGCACAGCUCCUCCUCCGGCAAUGGCAAGGACUCAGCCCUGCUGGAGACCACUGAGAGCAGCAAGAGCACGAACUCUCAGAGCCCAUCCCCACCCAGCAGUUCCAUUGCCUACAGCCUCCUGAGUGCCAGCUCUGAGCCAGACAACCCUUCUACCAGUGGCUGCAGCAGUGAACAGUCAGCUCGGGCAAGGACUCAGAAAGAACUCAUGACGGCACUGCGAGAGCUCAAGCUUCGGCUGCCCCCGGAGCGAAGGGGCAAGGGCCGCUCCGGGACUCUGGCCACACUGCAGUACGCGCUGGCCUGUGUCAAGCAGGUGCAAGCCAACCAGGAGUUCUACCAGCAAUGGAGCCUGGAGGAGGGCGAACCGUGUGCCAUGGACAUGUCCACCUAUACUCUGGAGGAGCUGGAGCACGUCACGUCUGAGUACACACUCCGCAACCAGGACACCUUCUCCGUGGCUGUCUCCUUCCUGACAGGCCGCAUCAUCUACAUUUCCGAGCAGGCGGGUGUCCUGCUGCGCUGCAAGCGGGACGUGUUCCGGGGCGCCCGCUUCUCCGAGCUCUUGGCUCCCCAGGAUGUGGGUGUCUUCUACGGUUCCACCACCCCAUCCCGCCUGCCCACCUGGGGCCCGGGGGCCUCCGCAGGUUCAGACCUCAAGGACUUCACCCAGGAGAAGUCUGUCUUCUGUCGUAUCAGUUUCAUUAUUGGCGUGGGGCACAGAGAUAGUCCAGACCGUCUCUGGAGGCCAGGGGGCUCAGGGGAGAGCUGUGGAGGGAAUCAUCUGCCAGCCAGCCUAGGCCUGAGGCAGCACACGGAGGGCCCGGGUGCUGGAGCAUUCUGCCUGAGAUCCAAUGGCCACGCCUCCUGUGCCUCAGCUCCCCGGAUCCCCCCUGACAAGAGGAUCUUCACCACACGGCACACGCCCAGCUGCCUCUUCCAGGAUGUGGAUGAGAGGGCCGCCCCGCUGCUGGGCUACCUCCCCCAGGACCUCCUGGGGGCCCCAGUGCUCCUCUUCCUGCAUCCGGAGGACCGACCCCUCAUGCUGGCCAUUCACAAGAAGAUCCUGCAGCUGGCUGGCCAGCCCUUUGACCACUCCCCUAUUCGCUUCUGUGCCCGUAAUGGGGAGUAUGUCACUAUGGACACCAGCUGGGCUGGCUUCGUGCACCCCUGGAGCCGCAAGGUGGCCUUUGUGUUGGGCCGCCACAAAGUACGCACGGCGCCCCUGAAUGAAGAUGUAUUCACUCCCCCGGCCCCCAGCCCCACUCUGUCCCUGGACUCUGACAUCCAAGAGCUCUCGGAGCAGAUCCACCGGUUGCUGUUACAGCCUGUGCACAGCCCCAGCCCCACGGGCCUCUGUGGAGUCGGCCCCGUGCCUUCCUCUGGCCCUCUCCUCAGCCCUGGCUCCUCCAGUGACAGCAACGGGGGUGAUGCCGAGGGACCUGGGCCUCCUGCCCCGGUGACCUUCCAGCAGAUCUGUAAGGAUGUGCACCUGGUAAAGCAUCAGGGGCAGCAGCUUUUUAUUGAGUCCCGGGCCCGGCCUCUGACCCGGCCCCGUGUCCCUGCUACUGGCACAUUCAAGGUCAAGACCCUUCCCUGCCAAUCCCUAGAGCUGGAGGCAGCCCCGGCUCCAAUCCAGGCCCCAGUGGCCUUGGCCGCUGAGGAGGCUGAGCGGAAAGAAGCCUCCAGUUGCUCCUACCAGCAGAUCAACUGCCUGGACAGCAUCCUCAGGUACCUGGAGAGCUGCAACCUCCCCGGCACCGCAAAGCGCAAAUGUGCGUCCUCCUCUUCCUGCACUGCCUCUUCGGCGUCCGACGACGACAAGCAGCGGGCAGGCCCAGUCUCUGUGGGUGCCAAGAAAGAUCCAUCAGCAGUGCUGCCUGGGGAGGGGGCCACCCCUCUGAAGGAGCCGGUGGUGGGAGGAGGAGCCCUGAGCCCGCUCGCCCUGGCCAAUAAGGCGGAGAGCGUGGUGUCCGUCACCAGUCAGUGUAGCUUCAGCUCCACCAUCGUCCAUGUGGGAGACAAGAAGCCCCCGGAGUCGGACAUCAUCAUGAUGGAGGACCUGCCCUCCUUGCCUCCCGGUCCAGCUCCCAGCCCUGCCCCUAGCCCCACAGUAGCCCCUGAUCCGGCCCCAGACGCCUACCGCCCAGUGGGCCUGACCAAGGCCGUGCUGUCCCUGCACACACAGAAGGAGGAGCAGGCCUUCCUCAGCCGCUUCCGCGACUUCAGUAGGCUGCGUGGAUUGGACAGCUCCUCCACAGCCCCCUCGGCCCCUGGGGAGCGAGGCUGCCACCACAGCCCUGCCACCCCCGGCCGCCGCCACCACUGCCGAUCCAAAGCCAAGCGCUCACGUCACCACCAGACAGCUCGGGCCGAAGCCCCUAGCUACAUCUCCCAGCCCUCGCCUGUGCCACCCUCUGCCCCCUGGCCCCCACCACCAGCCACUCCUCCCUUCCCAGCUGUGGUCCAGCCAUACCCUCUCCCUGUCUUCCCCCCAAGAGGCAGCCCUCAGCCUCUCCCUCCUGCUCCCACGUCUGUGCCUCCUGCAGCUUUCUCUGCCCCCCUGGUGACCCCCAUGGUGGCCUUGGUGCUCCCUAACUAUCUGUUCCCUACCCCAUCUACCUACCCCUACGGGGCACCCCAGACGCUUGCCGAGGGGCCUCUUACCCCUGCCUCCCGCUCCCCAUCUCCAUCCCUGCCCCCGCUGCCCCCCAGCCCUCCCCACCGCCCCAACUCUCCGCUCUUCAACUCAAGAUGCAGCUCCCCACUCCAGCUAAACCUGUUGCAGCUUGAGGAGCCCCCUCGCGGUGAGGGGGGUGCAGCGGCAGGGGGCUCUGGGAGCAGUGCUGGGCCCCCCCCUCCCAGCGAGGAGACGGCGGAACCAGAGGCCAGACUGGCGGAGGUAACUGAGUCCUCCAACCAGGACGCUCUCUCAGGCUCCAGUGACCUGCUGGAGUUGCUGCUACAAGAGGACUCUCGAUCUGGCACGGGCUCUGCUGCCUCAGGCUCCUUGGCCUCCGGCUUGGGCUCUGGUUCAGGCUCCCAUGAGGGGGGCAGCACUUCUGCCAGCAUCACGCGCAGCAGUCAGAGCAGCCACACGAGCAAGUACUUCGGCAGCAUAGAUUCUUCAGAGGCUGAGGCUGGGGCUGCCCAGGCCAGGGCUGAGCCUGGGGACCAGGUCAUUAAGUACGUGCUCCAGGAUCCCAUCUGGCUGCUCAUGGCUAAUGCUGACCAGCGUGUCAUGAUGACUUAUCAGGUGCCCUCCAGGGACAUGGCCUCUGUGCUGAAGCAGGACCGGGAGCGGCUCCGGGCCAUGCAGAAGCAGCAGCCUCGGUUCUCGGAGGACCAGCGGAGGGAACUGGGUGCUGUGCACUCCUGGGUCCGGAAAGGUCAACUCCCUCGGGCCCUUGAUGUGAUGGCCUGUGUGGACUGCGGUAGCAGCACCCAAGAGCCUGGCCAUCCUGAUGACCCUCUCUUCUCGGAAGUGGAUGGACUGGGGCUGGAGCCCAUGGAGGAGGGUGGAGGCGAGGGUGGUGGCAGUGGUGGUGAGGGUGAGGGCAGCAGUGGGGCCCAGGCGCAAGCUGGGGCCAGGGUCUCGAGCUCUCAGGACCUGGCCAUGGAAGAGGAGGAGCAAGGUGGGAGCUCACCCAGUCCAGCCUUACCUGCCACAGAAAAUGGCACCAGCUAGACUCCAUCUUGGGCCACCUCCAGAUGUGCACGAGAAGCUUCCUUCUCUCAUGCCCCAGCUCUCAAAACUCAGAUGUGGCUGGACCAACCAAUAAGAGAACUGCCCCAGCUUCUCCUGCUGUAGGGGGGUGGGGCCCCGUCACCAGCCCAGGACCCAGGGGCUGCCUCUGGCCUCUUUGGGAAUAGGGUGGCAUUCUUCAGCCCAGCCCAGCCCAGAGACGCCUCCCAUCACAUCCCCGGUGAGGAGUCAUUCCUCUUCCUGGACAAGAUUGCUGACAAGCUGCUGAAGUGGUCUCUCCAAGUCCCAGCUGAGCCGGAGUCCCUGUCCCUGGGGAUUGGGGCUGCAUUUAUUUAUUGGGGGAGUCAGUCCUCUCCCCCACCUCCUCCCCAGAUGAGGGCAGGAGGAGGGUGUGAGGCCCAAGCAGGACCCUGCGGUCCAAACCCCUAGCUGCUCCAGGGUGGGGGAGGUUGGUGGACCAUGGAGUCCCUGGUGCUGCCCCUCAAGUGGGACCCAGGUGUUCUCAGCUGUACCCUCUACCGAUGGCAUUUGUGUUUUUGAUAUCGUGUCUGUUAUUUUUAAUACAAAAAGGAAAAAAA